GUAGCAUGUAAGGCUAGUUAGCAGCCCCGCAUAUUUAAAAACACGUUAACUUUCUUUGAUGGUUCAAUUCUGAACAAAUAUUAAAUAGUUAAAUACAUCCAUUUUAUUAUUUUAUAGGGGACAGAUGAGCAGUUUGUGUUGUGUUCUUUGAUCAGAAGUUGUGUUUUAGAUCAAUCCAUGGUCAGUACGUCUCAUAGGUCAAGGUCUUUUCUGCAUUAGGAAUGGAGCGGCACAGAUCCCGCAGCCCCACUACCAGCUCCCACCACCACUAUUCAUCAAACAGACAGGGAGGAGAUAACAGAAGACGAAACCACUGUGACAGUGCACAAUUCAGACCCUCAAAUCACCACCUGCAUCAGUCCAGUGCAACCCCAAGGCAAACCCCACCAAGGUCCCAGACCUUAAGCACAAGAAGGGAAGUGUAUGAGAGAGACUUUCCAUUGUACAAGCAGCCUGUGGAAGUAGGCUGUUUCUCCCUAGACUCUCAGCGUAGGUUUUUCAACGACAGCAGGCAGAUGAGAUACUACGUGGAACCUGAACGAAGUCCCAAUUUUGAUCUGAGGGAUGGGUACAGGGAACGAUAUGUGAAGAGGGACGAAAAUGUCAAGGAGAAGCUGGAUCACAUUCUGCGGUGGAUCGUAGCCAACAGGUCAAAGCUGAAAUCCAAGCUGAGCACAAAUGCCUCAUGCCCUCUAGACUUUGACUUUGUGACCUGGCGGGGCCACCUGACCAAGCUGCUCACUACGCCGUACGAGACCAGAGAGGGCUGGUUGCUGGCGGUGACCAAGUUUAACGGCACGCUCUACAUCAGCGAGGUGGAGACCGAAGCUGCUUGCAGGGAACGAGAAAACUGCCCAGAGAGGAACAAGGAGAUGAUGUACUGGGGAUACAAGUUUGAACAAUACAUGUGUGCAGACGAUACAAACGGUGAGCCUGACCCCAGCGGAGUGGUCAACACCAACGAGGCCUUCUGCACCGUGGUCCAGACCCGGCUCACGGAUCACAAACUUCUGUUCUCUGGUGAGGUGGAUUGUCGGGACCCAGAUCCUGGUGCUCCACCUCCUCCUGCCUGCUACGUGGAGCUGAAGACCUCUGCAGAGAUCUGCACUCCCAAGCAGCGCAGCAACUUCCACAGGUUUAAGCUGUUGAAAUGGUGGGCCCAGUCUUUUCUCCCUGGGGUCCCUCGGGUGGUUGCAGGUUUCAGGGAUCAUGAAGGGACCGUCGUCUCUGUGGAGACUUUUCAGAUCUCCAAGAUUUCACAAGUCAUCAAGAACGAAUAUAACUGCUGGAAGCCAACAGUGUGCAUGAACUUCUGCUGUGACUUCCUGUCUUUUGUGAAGCGUGAAGCUACUGAGGACAAUCCUAGUGUGGUGUACUUAUUUUCCUGGGAGCCACACAACGAUGUGACCUACUCAGUCCACCGGGACUCCCAAUAUUCCUUCCUGCCCGACUGGUAUAUUAAGGAAAUGACCAUGUCUCCAGAAUAACAACAGCCAUCCUCUUCCAGG